CGCUUACCGCAGUUAGGUUUGCGAUCUCGUCGGGUAAAGUCGAACUGAAGAUAAGUACUCAGGAAUGAGUGAAAUAAGCGCGGAACAAAUCAGCAGGCAAUAGAAAAUUAUAAAUAUGUCUGGUCCACCGAAUAUCAACAAUGGGCCUCCUAGUGGCAGUGGUCGUGGAUGGCUUCGAACUCCACCUCCAACAUAUUUUCGAUCACCAUCUCCAUGGGUUCCUCCUGGAUCAACAGCAAAUAUACAGGGACCUGGUUCAUUAACUGGGUCUAGUGAAUCUCAGUAUUUUUCACGGUACAAUGCUUCACCGACUUACUUGGUUCAACCAGUAUACAGAUAUCAACAUGGAGAAGAGAUCAAUGAAAUACAAAACCAAAACCCGGUAAAUGUCAAUGUUGCUUUGCAAAGCAACACUCAAAGCCAAGCAGCAUAUGAUAAUGUAAUAUCUCGUACAUCGGAGCGUCAUACCAAAAAAGAAGUAACUAGUACACAUGUGCAACAGAUAAGGCAUUUGUCUCCUUCGCAUCAUAGUUCCAGUAUUGUACCACCAGUUGCAAAAAAAAUAACAUCAUCUUCCCAGCGCAUGCAACCAAUGCAAUCGCUGCCAUCAAUCAUUCAAGUGGAACGUCCUCAAUCUAGGGGUCCUAAUGUCCGUUACCAAACCCCAUCGGUCCAGUAUGCUCAUUUUGAGCAUCCGUCGAAUACCGAACCAAGCAAUCAACCACAAUACGUUAUAUACGAUUACUCAGGAGAAGCAGGUCCAACGACAGCAGAGAUCAUAGCAAAUCAAUCGCAGGAUUAUGUAGAUGAAAAAUUAGCCGAAUAUCAAGCGACCAUACAUCUACUACAAGAUGAACAAGAACGGGUACAAAAGAAAACAUUUGUAAAUUGGAUAAACUCUUUUCUGAUCAAGCGAAACCCACCUCUUAAAAUUGUUGAUUUGAUUCAUGACUUAAAAGAUGGAACAAAAUUAUUGGCCUUACUUGAGGUGUUGUCUGGUCAACGUUUACCCAUGGAAAAAGGGAAAAUAUUACGAAGGCCACAUUAUUUAAGCAACAUUAAUACGGCUCUCCAGUUUCUCAUAAGCAAGAGAAUAAAGUUAGUAAAUAUCAACCCAUCUGAUAUUGUUGAUGGACGACCAGCUGUAGUAUUGGGACUUAUUUGGACAAUAAUUUUGUACUUCCAAAUUGAAGAAAAUAGUCGCAUUUUAUACUAUUUGAAUGAAAAUCUCAGUGGAUCAGUUAGUAGCUUGGACAGUAGUUCUGCAUCAUGUAUACCGAGUCCAAAUAAACCAUUGCUACAAGAAUCGACUACAAACAAGGCUUCACAAGAAAUGCUUAAGCAAGGCCCUAAGAAAACUCUUCUGAGUUGGGUGAACAACGCGCUUCCAAAGCAAUCAGGAUUGGAGAUUAGAGAUUUCGGAGCAAGCUGGAGAGACGGAUAUGCGUUUUUGUCUCUCAUUGACGCUAUAAAAACGAAUGUGAUUAACAUUGCAGACAUGAAGAGACAUAACAAUCGAUAUCGAUUAGAUACAGCAUUUGAUGUAGCAGAAACGGAGCUUGGUAUUGCAAGACUAUUAGAUGCAGAGGACGUAGAUGUCAACUGUCCAGAUGAAAAAAGUAUUAUGACGUACGUGGCACAAUUUCUACAUAAAUAUCCGGAUGUAAAGAACAUAAAUUCAAAAAGCGAAAGCGAACGAGAACUGUUCGAUUUAUUGACGUGGCUUCACUCCAUAGUUCGUUAUUAUGACGACUUGAAUGGAAACUAUCCUAACAAGUACGACAUGUAUGAAAAACUUGACCAGGAAAAAUCUAACAAAUAUAGCAUUUAUAAAAAAGUAAAAAAUAUUCAUGCUGGAAAAUUAACACCUGAAGUACAAGAUCUGAAUGACUACUGGCUCCGAUUUGAGCAACAUUUGCAAAAAUGGCUGUGGUUUUUGGAUUGCAAUCUUGGUGGACAAUUUGGUGUUAUUGGUUUGUGGCUAAGCAAUGGCGAAAAACUGCUGAAUGAUAGUGAUAUUCCAUACAAUAUGAAUGAAGAAACUGCGUCUCUUAUUAGCAAAAAAUUAGAAGCCCACAAACAAUUCUUUGCUGCUUAUCCAGAAGUGUAUGCAACGUUCAACGAAAUAAAAACAACUAGUGCUGCAAUAAACAUACCUGGAAAUCAGCUUGCGAAUUUGGGAAAAAGAUUAUUCGACAUUGAAAACGUUGCAAAGCAGCGAAGAAUAAAGCUGAAAUUUCUUGAACAUAAAUGUUGUUUGAUUGCCUUCCUGAAUUUACUUGAUAACAAAAUCAAUGGCGUAAAAUACAACAACGAAGAUGUCGUAAAACAGUCACUUGAACAAUUGAAAAAUUUUGUGACUAGGAAUCAGAUAAUGCAAGAAUUUGAAAAAGCCCUAAUCGACAUGAGACAGGUUAUCGAUGAAUACAAAGUAGAUGGAAAUAUUUCCAAAAAAGAGGAAUACAAUAUUGACAUUUUCCUUCGUGAAAUUGAAGAUCGAUGGAAGAACGUUUCUUCUCGGUUAAUAUGUACAGAAACGAUGCUAGAAGAUGUACUGUCGCACUGGAAGCGUUGGAAAAAUCUAACAGAUGAUUUAGAAAAAUGGAUAGCUGCUGCCCAUAAUGCAUUGAAUGCAAUGGAAGAUGAAAAUAUUGAAUUCUUCCAAAACUUGGGCGUUUAUAAAGAAAAAUAUGAACAACUUGCUGAAACAUACAACAUCUUGAAGUCAACAUGUGAUUAUGAAACAGCAAAUAAAAUUGAGAACAUUUACAAACAGCUUGCAAUGCACUGGGAACAAAUUUUCCAGUAUUCAAAACAAUACCUUCACGUCGGUGACAUUUUACAACAUAGACAAAAGUUCAAGAAAGAUGCAGCACUUUUGAGUGCUUGGAUACAAAAAGCAGAAACUACAUUGUCUAGAAAUAAUCUCCAAACUUCAAACGAUAUCAAGCAGUCUGAAGCUGAAAUAAAACAAAUUGCUUGUGAAAUUGAAUCUCAAGAGGAGCUGUUCAAGUCAGUGAGCAGAAGUUUUCAAGCACUAAUAAAGGAAUAUUCAAGGGAUGAAGUAGACAAAAUGAUGACCUUAAUGAAAAAAGAAAAAGAAGCAUUGGUUUGCAUAAGAGCUCAAAUCCCCAUCAAACUUCAUCUUUUCCAUCAACUUUUGACACAACAAGACGCACUAGAAGCCGGUCACAGAGAAAUCACGGAGUGGUUAGAUGAAGCAGAAAAUCUAUUAAUAUCUUAUGCAUUCAGCAAUGAACGUCAACACACAUCGGCCAAUCUUGAAAAACACAAAAACUUUUUCAGCCGAACUCUAUACUACAAAUCAAUGUUGGAAAGCAAAAAUAAUGUUUUCCAUAACCUUCUAAAACUUACGAAUACAGAUAAUAGUGUUAAUAUGCACGAUUUGUCCACCAAAAUGAAGCAACUAAAUGAGAGAUUUUCGUAUGUUAUAAACAACGCCAAUGAUUGGGAAAAUAAAUUACAUGAAAACUUAAAAGCCUGGGCAAAAUUCAAUGAUAGUCAGCAAAAAGUAUAUAAUUUUCUAAGACAAGCAGAAUCUUGGCAGAAUGCAACAGUACCUCUUGAAAAGCAAAGUGAUGUUCUAAAUCAAUUGGAGUUCUUCAAUCAUGCUGACCAAACAAUUGUAAAUAUCUUGGAAUCAAACACUGAAGAGCUUCUGAAAUACCUACCACCAAAUGAACAAAGGAUAAUGAUAUCGGAAAUCGAAUCACUUCAAAAACAAUGGAGCUCAGUAAUUUCAAAUAUUCCACGGCAUAUUAUGAAGCUUGAAUUCAGAUUGAAUGAAAUUGUGUUUUUCAAUCACAUGGCUCAGAUUGAAAAAGAGUUGAACGCCGAGGAGCAAGCAUACAAUUGCAAUGAAAAUUACGAAACUAUUGUUCAGCGAAAUGAGGAUUUUUUCAAAACAAAUGAUUUGCAAAAAGUUGAAAAGGUGUUGGCCGCUCUUGAAAAAAUAAGCUAUAUUUACGCAGAGCAAUUUUUAAAUGAUCGUGUUUUAUGCCAGCAGUAUCAGUUAGCAAACAAUGCUUGGAUUGAAAUGUGUAAGAGGAUUGAAAACGUCAAAAAUAUUUUACAUAAGAUUCCAGCACAGUGGGCCGCUUAUCGUAACAAAUUUGAAGAAAUGACAAAUUGGAUGAAUCACGUUGAUCAAUCGCUAAAGCGAAUAAUGAUUGAAAAAGAAACUCUGGAACAAUUUGAACAGGAAAAGAUCACUUUUCAGCUGAGAGAACUAAUGAAUAUUUGCUUCGAAGCGGAUAACAGGAGAGAGGACAUGAAAUGGUUGGUGAAAACGUUGGAUUUCUUGUUAAACCAUACUAAUGAAGAACAAGCAACAAUGGAACAAACCAAAAUUGAAACUUUAAUCACUCGCUAUAAAUCACUUAUACCAACUAUAGAAACAACGAUGGUUAAAACAGAAAUAUUUGCUAAAUGUUACACAUAUCGCCAUGAAACUGAAGAAAUAUGUAAUUUGUUAGACAGAAUCAAAAUGCAAAGCAAACAGGCUGCAACCCCAGAGUGUUAUAUAAAUGUGAAUAAUAUGAUCGAAGAACAGAACAUUUCUCUUAAAGAAUUGGACAAUCAAAGAGGACACAUCAUGAAGAUGCUUCAAAAGGGAAAAGAUUUGAGCAAAAAUGCCAAUGCACCAGAGUUUGUCAGCAAAACUACUAAAGCAUUGGAAACUACCUGGAAUGAAACGUACAAUGAAGCUGCAGAAAAGUUGAAAACAUUGCGUAUAGUACAGAAGACAUGGAGCGAUUUCAAUACUCAGAAAGGAAAUAUUGAAAAAUUACUCAAUACUGCUGAGAUGGAGUUAAGAUCCAUUACUCCUCUUCAAACCGAUCCUACAAGUGUCACACAAGAUCUGGAAACAAAGAAGCAACUUGCAAUGAACUUGAAACAAGCAUCAUCAAAAUCAUUUCUGCAGUUGAAUGAUCUGUGCAGGGAAUUGGGAUCGUUCAUUCGUCCAACCGCGAUUCAACUAUUAGAAAAAGAAACAGCUGAUCUACAAAAUAGAGUGAUCAAUACCGUAAACUUUGUUGAAAAACGUAUAGAUUAUCUUGCAGACUAUAAUGACAAAUGGAAUGAAUACAAGCAAAGAUUAGAAAACUUAAAAAAUUGGGUCGGUAAUGUAUACCCCAAAAUGGUGGCAUCUAUUAAGCAACAGCAAAUUACUCCAGCUGAUAGGCUGCAAAAAGCAGCGCAACUAGAAAACGUUUUAUGUGAAAAAAUUAAAACAUUAGAUAUUCUCAACGCAAGUGCCUCUGACUUAGCCUCUAAGGAAGGCAACUUAACUGAAAUGAAACGUCUCAAAAAUGAAGCACAACGUCUGCAAGUUACUUUUUCUGAACUAAACAACGCCCUUAGUGUAGAAAAGGAACAAGUAAAUCAAGACUUACAAAGGUGGGACCAAUUCAACAAUGAAAUUGGUAAAAUAAAAUUCUGGAUUGAACAGAUAAAUUUGCCCCAACAAAAUAAAAUUUGUACACUUGAGGACGCAACAUUGCUUCAAUCAAAACUAAACGAUCUCAAUGAACAAUGUAAGAAAACAUUUAUUGAAUUGCAAACUUUGUCGCAAUUAUGUCAGAACAUUAAAUAUGGUAUCAAUCCAACAGAUGAAGUUGACAAAUGCUAUGCAGCUGUGACAGAUGUUCAUGAAAAUGUUCAACAUAUGAAGGGAAAGCUCGAUAAACUUUUACAAAACCUAUCUGUAAUGGACACAGAAUUGGAAAAAAUUCAUAUUUUCAUCAAUGAAGCCAAUGGAAAAUUACGUGAUUUUUCGGCGGUAAAUUUAGAGCACUUACCUCUUGAUAAAUUGGACAAUAAAAUCAAAAUGCUACGUCUUUUCAAUAAUGAGAUCUCUGAACAACAAGCCAAGCUCAUCUCAUUAGUACAUAUUUUUGACCAAAUAAACGGAAUUUUAGACGACGGAAUUCCUACAUUAAAAAAUAAGCUGCAAGAGCCAAAAGAUCAACUUUCAAAUCUUAGUGAUGUUGUACGAUGUCUGAUCAACGAAUAUUAUAAACGCAUUCUAGUUCAACAGAGUUUCAAUGCAAAAAUGAUUGAUUUUAGUAAUUGGAUGGACCAAAUGACAACGAGUGUUGGAGAUAUUGAAGAAACAAUGCUUGAUGAGAUUGAUCUAGCACUUCAAAAAGCACAUUAUCUAUUACAACAACAUGCAGGAAAACAAGAUGCAUUCAAUGAAAUAUAUUCUGGAAUAAAACAUGGCAGUCUGUCUCCUGUUAUCGGAGAUUCAGCCGUAGUAGAUGAAACUUACUCAUCUUUAGCUAGCAAUUAUCAGAAUAUCGAAGAUAAUUUGCAGUCGUACAUCACGUAUUUGAAAAAAUGGGCAGAAUUUCUUCACUGGUAUCGUGGUCUUAACAAUCAAAUUGAACACAUGAAUGACAACGAAUUAAGAUAUGAUUUGGCCGAUGAGAAUGAGCUGAAGGAAGUGAUGAACAACGUGGCGAAUUAUAAACAAGAUAUUCACUCUUGGAAGCAAGACAUGACAACAGUUGAGCUUCAUCCUAAAGUUAAUAUACGUGAUCAAAAAGGGAACAAAAUUUCUGCAAUUUCCUUGAUUGUAGAUUUGGAAAACAAAAUUGAAAAGAUAAAAUGUCAUUGCGAUGCAAAAGCCAAUGAAAUCAAGGAUAUUAAACAGAGAGCAACUAUUUUCCAGGAAAACCAACAGAAGAUAGUUGCAAACUUAAAUUCAAUCUCAGAUAAAUUGAAAAAUAUUGUCAAAAACGCUAGAUUAAGCAACAUAGUUGACUCAUUGGAGGAGCUGUCAGCUUUGAAUAACGAUCUCAGUAAUGAAUGUUCAUUCAAAGCACAGAUUCAUUACGAAGGAACAUUGCUAAUGAAACAAGAAGGGAUUCCAAUGAAUAACAUUCAAGAGCCUCUUGCAGCUCUCGAUAAAGAGUUGAAUAAUAUUCAACUUGAUAUUGAAGAAACGAUCGAUGCAUUUAUUAAUGUGCGUGACAAUUAUAAUGAUUUUAACAGAUUUAAUAUGGCUUUCAAUGCUGAACUGAAAAAUAUAACUACUGUAAACAAAUCAACUGGUAUCACCGCUCAUAACAAACAAUCUAUAAUUGAAAAGUUAGACCAGUUGAAAACAAGUUCAGAAUCAAUGAAAAAAAUUAAAAAGAAUGCUGACGGAGUUUCAAACAAGGGAAACGAAAUUGUCAAAUCGUUUUGCAAAUACAAUCCAUUAGACUGUGAGAAUCUAUUAGAAAUUAUACGUCAAAACAAUGAUGCCUUCAAAUUGAAUUUGGAUCAAUUGAUCGAGAAUAGUAAUGGUCUAAAUCAUAAACUGGCCUUGUAUAAACAAAUUGAAGAAAUGGGCCAAGACAUGAUAUCAUGGCUUGAGACAACUGAUGAUCAAUUUAACCGUGUAGAAGAUAAUCCUUGUGAGACUGAACAUAAACUGAACAACUUCAAAAUCGAACUACCUAAUCAACUGGUCUGUAAAAGAAAUUUUCAUGAACUGGUUGGUGAAUACAAACAAAUUACCAAUAAUUUUAUACCACAGCCUAUUGAAUCUGUAGAAACAAUCGUCGAAACUAUGUUCGCCAAAAUUCAGUCACGUUUUGAAGAUCUAAAUUCAAAAAUGAAUGAAUAUGCUGAGACAGAAAAGAAUUUUAAAGAACGGAUUAAAAUGAUGAUUGAAAAACUGUACAACAUUCGAGAAGAUGUCAUGAGCUGUGACGAUGCCACGCUAGACGUCAAUAAGCAGCUACGAAAUCUUGAAAAGCUGCAAACAUUGAGAAAUACUACAAAUUCAGUAGGCAUUGAAAUCACUGAUUUGAAAAAUUUGGCAGUGAAUUCUGAAAUAAAAUUAGAUUCCAUUAAAGAGACUACUACUUCUAGAGAGCUCAACAGUUUGGAACAUCGCUUUGGGAUGGUGAUGAAUAACCUUAAUGAGGUGGAUAGCAAAUUAAACAAAGCUGUCGAAAAAGCUUUUAAAGAUAAAAUUUCCGCAAUAGAUCGUAAUGUUUCUUCACAAUUGGAAAAACUAAAGUGGUGCCAGCCUGAAUUAAACAGCGAUAAAUAUAACUUAGAAAUGAAAAAAUCUACAAUGAGCGACAUUGAACAAUCAACAUUUGAGUACGAAAGUCAUUUGAUUAGUCUCUCUGAGCUACUUACUUCUCUUGGUAAUGUCUUGACCCCGUCAAAAGUCUCCCAUUUAAAAGAAGAAAAAGAAGAAGUUCAAAAAAAUUUCACUUUUUUGAAAUCGGAGUGUAACAAAGUAAAAUCUGCAUUAAAUUCCAAUAUUGCUCUAUGGGAGGAAUAUGAACGUAACUCAGGGGAAAUUAUUGAAAGAUUGAAAGAAAUUGAGAAAAAACAUAAAAUGGAAACAGUGCUUUUAAUAGACUUGACUUUACUGGAAGAUAAAAUAAGUGAAACAAAAAGAACUCAUAAAGCUUUGACAGAAUUUGAAUCGAAUUUGAGAAAACUUCAUGAAGUUGCAAAUAAUAUAAAUUUUCUCAAUCCUGAAUCAAGAGCGAUGAUACUCGUACAUCAGUUGCAAACCAGAUUCAAUACGUUUGAAAAAUACUUUUCGUUCCUUUUGAACAGGUUAUCUGAUGUAAAUUCCAAAAACAAACAAUUCAAUCUAUUACUGAAAGAAAAGUUACAUUUUAUCGAAGACAUUAAACCAAGAUUAGCUUGUUUUGAUAAAGCAUCAGAAAAAGACCUUGAUGAAUUGAAGAGCUAUCGUGCCAAAAUAAUAGCACAAGAGCAGUCCAUCAAUGAUACUUGUUCCUUAGGUGAAAGCUUGUAUGUUGAAGUAAAUCCCGAAUGUCGUGAAGCAAUUAGAAUGGAAGUCUUAGCUUUAAGAAAUGCAUAUCAUUCUGUUUUAGAUGGAUGCAACUCUCUUAUGAAAGAAAUGGAAACAAAUAUGAUUAAUAGGAAAACAAUUGACGAAAGUCAUGAGCAGCUUCUCACGUGGCUACAUGAUUUGAAAACUAUGUUUCAUGGAAUGCCUUCAGUUUGUGAAACUCUACAACUCAAAAAGAGUACAAUGCUUGAUUGUAAAGCUUUGAUCAAAGAUGCAAAUUAUCAUAAAACAAAUGUUGAACAACUUCAAAAAAGAUCUGCUAAAUUGUAUAGUACAGAUGCCUUCACAAAUAUCAAUGAUACAUGUGUGCAAUAUACUUCACUUAUCAACCAUCUACAACAAAGAAUGACUGUCUACGAAACAGCCGUAAAAGAUCAUGAACAGUUUAAUAGCUUAUUGGAAAAAUCACGUGAUUGGUUAUUGAAGCUUCAGUCCCAAACAAACGAUGUUUUCAAUAAUGAAAUCGAUUUGAAUGGGAUAAAAAUUGAAGAACAUUUAUUAGUAAUUGAUAACACUCUUUCAGAAGAAGACAUUGUUUUGGACAGUUUAAACGAUGCAUAUAACCAAUUUACUAUUGUUUUAGCUCAGACGGCUGAAGCCGGACAUUCUGAUCUACUCAAAACGUUUGAAGAAUGCAAAAAGAACUGGAUCCAAUUCUUUGAAAAAUGUAGAAUGGUUAAAUCUAAACUUUCUGACUUUGUAAAUCAAAUUGCAAUUGCGCAUCGCAGUUUGGACGAUUGUUCAACUAUGCUUAAUCAAACCAAAAUAAAAAUUAGAGAUUUGUCUUGUCAAAUAGCAGUUAACCCUAAGAAUGAUGUUUUAACACAUUUAGAGGCACUGCAUAAAGAAAUUGAAGACCAAGGAGUGAAAGUCAGUAAUAUACUUCAGAAAUAUAAUUCACUUAAAAUGAACAAUGAUUUAUCUGCUAAAUCCUAUAAUGUUCAGAAUGAAUACCGAAACGUUUUAAAACUGUGUACAGACGCAAUCGAUAAAGCAAAUGCAGUGAUUCUUGAUCAAGCUGAUUUUGAUAAAGCAUACGACGAAUUCUUAAAUGUGAUAAUAAAUCACUUAAAAUCAUUGGAUGAAUUCGAACAGAUGGUUGGUGACCUAACCACACUACAAAAUCGGCAGAUUAUUCUCAAAGAGAUAGCAUACAAACGGCUUGAUGAUGGAAACACUCUUGAAGAGUUAAUUGCAAGAGGGGAAAAUUUAUACAGUCAAACUUCACCGGAAAGCCGUGAUAUAGUUCGUACAAAGCUAUUAGAAUUGCGAAUGCAAUGGGAUAAAUUUUCCGAUAAAUUAGAAGCGACUUCACAAAAGGUUGAUCAAUGCAUUCUUCAAUUGGGUGAAUUCAAUUUACAACAAGAGCAGCUUUCCAAAUGGUUAAAAGAUAUUGAAAUGUCAAUGAAAAUUACUGCUGAACUAAAAUCAAAUAUUCAGGAUAAACGAUCUCAGUAUCAAAACCAUAAACUUAUGCAUCAAGAGAUAAUCUCUCAAAAUGCCUUAGUCGAUUCAGUCUGCAAUAAAGCGCAAAAUUUGCUUUUAUUGACUGAUGACCAACAUUUAGAGACGUAUUUAACAUCUAUAAAAGACACUUAUCAAAACAUUGUCCAACAAUCAAAUGAGCUACUAAUCAAUCUCAAUGAAUGCGUUAAUGCUCACAAUACAUACAACACUGUUUUAGGAAAACUAAAAAUGUGGAUAACAGAAGAGAAAGAUAAAAUUACAGCAUGUGACGACGAAGGAGGUGAAAAACAAGAAAUUAAUAAACGUAUUGAAACACUCAACCGAAUAAAACAAGAACGGCCAAGAGGAAAUGAGUUACUUAAUCAAUUAUUACAAAGUCACGAUUUAAAUAAACGUAGCACCGCCUCUCAGGGAAUUUCGGUAGCAGAAGAGGAAAUAAACACAAUCAAGUCUAAUAUGGAAAGUCUUGAUAGAUAUAUGAAUGAAACGAUAGAAUGUCAAACACGAUGCUGGUCAAACUGGACAGAAUUUGAUCAGCAUUUAGAAAUGCUAACAAAAUGGUGCAGAUCAAUGGAAACAAUAUUUAGAGAACAGAAACUUUUCGAUACUAUUCAGCAAAAACAAAACCAAUUGCAAGUUUAUCGCACCAACUUGGAACAAAUAAAUGAUAAACAAAAGGAUGUAGAUGAUUUUGUUACAAAUGCUCAAGCAUUAUUCAGCAAAACAGGGGUUGAAAAAGUCAAAUUCUAUAUCAACCAACUUAUAAAUCGAUACCAGCUACUUCUUGUAUUGAGCAAGGAAGUGGUUAACCGUGCGCAAAACAUUGUUAACGAUCAUGGAAGCUACGAUGAAAGAUUGGUGGAUUGCAGAGGGUGGCUUAUGAACAUGGAUGAUAGCGUGAAGCUUUUGUCCUCAGAAAGGGAUCCCAAUGCCCAUAAAAUAAUGAUGCUAAACAUAAAUAUUGAGAAAGAGAAAUUAGAAAACUACUUGCCAGCAUUAAUUACGGCGAGUGAAAAAGUUUUAACUGAAACUAGCUCACAAGGCAGAGAAACAAUACGUAAUGAUGUAAAAGAUAUAAAAGAAAGAUUUGAUAAUGUUAUGGCAACAUUAACCAAUGUGAAAAAACAAUUUGACAUCCGAUCUGUACAAUGGUCGACAUAUCACGAAAGUUUGCAGCAAGUUUUAUCGUGGCUAGAUACUACUGAGAAAAAAAUUGACAACAGUGAAACUCAAAGCUGGAAUACAAUGCAGGAAAUUCGCUCCAAACUCUUCAAAUAUAAAUCGUUGACACAAGAAAUCUCAGGCCAAAAAAGAGUUAUUGAUUCACUCAGUGAAAAAACAGCAAAUGUUUUUGUCACCGAAGACGAUGAUGUAGCCUCGAAAGUGCAGUUUAUUAUUCAGCGAUAUGAGGUUUUAAAACAGAGUUCAAGUGAUAUUGUCGUUAAUUUAGAGCAAUCUUUAUCGCUGCUUAAUAGGUUUAAUGAGCUUCAAAAAUCACAUAUUGAUGAGCAAGAGGAGCUUUUGAAUAAUUUGAAACAGCUGUCUGAUAUUUCCGGCAGCAGGCAAGUUGUUCAAGAGAAACUCCAGAAAGUACAGGAACUUCAGUUGGUAAUUCCAUUAAAAAUUGAAAGUUUUGGAGAUCUAAAUAAAGUGAUUACUGAAAACAGCGGCAUAAUUUCAUAUGGUGCCAAAAUAAAUAUGGAAAAGGACUUGACAAAAAUACAACAUAAAUUUGAAAGUUUGAGUAAUGCUAUAAACGAUACCAAAUUUGAACUAGAAAAACGACUUCAGCUUUGGAAUGCAUAUCAAAAUGAGCUUGAUGAGAUCAAUAGUUUUCUAUCAGGAGUUGAAGAUUAUAUGCGAUCUCAUGGAUUGAAAAACACUUUACUCGAGAAACAAGAACAACAUGAAUUGUAUCAAACUCUAUGUGGAAAGUUGAAGCACAAACAUCUGUCUUUUGAUUCAUUACAUGAUAAAUCAUCAGAAUUAUUACAAAGUAGUGGCGAUGCGAAAAUUUCAAUCAACAUGCAGCAAAUAAAAUCACGAAUGCAGUCUGUUGAAAAUGCUAUAAAAGAAUUAUCAAAAAAAUGCGAGCAAGCAUAUGAAGAACAUAAAACAUAUAUGUCUAAAUAUGACGAAUCAAUUUCCAAACUAAAUCAAAUAAAGGAAACAUUUGAUGAUUGCAAACGCAAUCAUCAAAAUAAUUUAGAAGAAGUCAUAAAAACAAUUAAUGCCUUACUUACCACGCAUAAUGCAAUAAACGUACAAUGUACCUUAGUGUCAGAUUUGGGAGAAAAGCUGUACUCUUCAACUGCAACAGAAGGACAACAAGUGCUGCGGAAAGAGAUUCAGGAUCUAUUGCUACGAUACGAGAGACUCUUUGAUGAAAUUGCUUCGUACCAUAAACAAUGUGAAGCUAAAUCCACUAAACUUUCUGGGUUUAAAGAAAAGCUUGAUCAAAUUCAGCAGUGGUUAAGUUGUAUUGGCUCUUCUUUGAUUGGUGAUAUGAACUUGAAACCAACUCUUGAUGAAAAAAUAGCCCAGCAACAAGCGUACAUAGACCUGUUAAAUGAUAUUAAAAAUCAUAAACCGGAGAUGAACAACAUUCAGGAACUUCUGAAUAAUUUAAAACAAGAAGAUGUAGAAGCAGAUACAGUGUACAUUGCAGUCAACAAAUCAUACAAUGAAUACUUCGAUAAAUGCCAAAAUUUUGUUAACGCAUAUGAGCUGAUAGUUAGUAAUCAUCGUCAGUAUUGUAAAGCGGUCCUCGAAACCUCUGAUUAUAUUGAUGCAAAUCAUAACACAAUCGAACUAUGGGGUGAAACUGAUCUGGAUCAAGUAUCUCUGCUCACAAAUUUGGAUCGAUUGAAUGAAUUGAAAAAAUCGAUCAUUGCGGAAAGUAACAGAAUUGAACAGAUAAGAGCACUCGGUGAAUUGACUAUUCCUGAUACUAGCGAUGAGGGGAAGGCUAAUAUAAGACUACAAAUAGAUAUUUCACAACAAGAAUGGGAAGGACUUUUGGUAGCUGUUGAUUCAACAAUUGAGAAACUACAAUCCAAAAUUGUGGAGUGGAAUGAUUACGAUAAGCAACGAUCUGAUUGCAACAGUUGGAUUCGAGAUGUUGAUACAAAAGUACACUCAAUUGAUCUUAAAGCUACUCUCAAUGAGAAAAAAGCAACAUUGGACUAUUUGAAGAGUUUACAAGGAGAAGUUAAAGCAAAGGAACUUGAAAUCGAUAGUUUUACUGAAAAAGCCCAACUACUUUAUAGGGGUUAUCUCAGUAGCAGAAAUUCUCAAAUAUCUGAAUUAGCUAUCAAGUACCAACAAACAUCUAAUCGUGUCAAAGAGUUGACUACAAGGUGGCAACAAUAUGUAAUAAAUCAUCAAGAGUUGGAAUCACAGAUAUCCAAUUGCAAGGAUUGGCUGAACAGUAUGAAAGAGAAACUCAAUUUUUGUGCUGACCAAAGCACUACUUCUGAAAAAGAGUUGCAAAGUAAAUUAAAGUUAAUUCAAGACUUUAUCGUUAAUAAAGAUGAAGGAACUUCAAAGAUUCAGAACUUAAUGGAUUUAGCACAACAAGUACUUACUUGUACCACAUCAACUGGUCAUGAAGUAAUCAAUAAAUCAGUCUCCGCUCUACAAGAAGAAUGGUCUGCAUUAACCAUGAAAAUGGUGGACGUGAAAUCUAAUUUAGAUGAAGCUAUCAAUCAAUGGUCCGGAUUUCUAGAUCAGAUAAAUGAUCUUCGCAAAAAUAUUGAGUGCAUGGAAAACGAAUUUAAGAUAUAUUCUGAAUUUCAGCCAACAAUGGCCGAAAAGCGCGCCCAAUUGGAUAGAAUUAAAAAUAGUGAAGAAAAAAUACGUGUUCAGCGUAUCGAAAUAGAGCCAUUAAAACAGAAAGUAGUGGAAAUGUGUAGUCUGGGUCAACAAACUCAAGCAGCGAGCACUGCACAACAAAUCCUUGGUAAAUUCGAUUAUGUUGCUGAUCAAAUUAAGAAACUACUGACUGAAAGAGAAGACCAAUAUCGUGAUCAUCGAUUAUAUAAAGAAGCAUACGACGACUUAUUAAAUUGGAUAAACAGAGCACGUGAGAAGUUACCAUGUGUGAAACAGCAAUCUCUAAGUGACAAAUUAUCAAUUGACAAUGCAAUUGCCCCUUUGGACUCCCUCAUGAACAAAAAAGCUCAAGGAGAACUACUAGUGGAACAUUUAGUUCACACUGGGGAAGUAGUGAUGGCAUCAACUUCCACUAAGGGUAAAGAAUUAAUCAAAAGUGAUAUUGAUGGGUUGAAAAAUAGCUUUAGCAAUUUGUUCAAAGAAAUAAGUGAGCAGAAACGAAAUCUUGAGAAAACUAUUUCAAUGCUUCGGGAAUAUAAAGAAGAAUACGAGCGCUUGUCAGAAUGGUUGCAGCAAAUCGAUAUAAUAGUGAAAAACAACAAGUUAGCUAUGUCCUCUAAUUUGCAGGAAAAGGAGAAGCAAGUAAACGAUAUGCGUGAACUGGUGGAGCGGUUAAAUAAAGGCCAAUCAGAAAUUGAUAAAUUUAAUGCUUUUGCCGCUCCACUACUACAAUCACAUUUAGAUUCUUACAUUGGUAAUCAAUUGAGGCAUCUUAAUUCUCGAUAUCAAGUUCAAAUUAAUAUUGCCAAAGACGUUCUUAAAAAGGUUGAAACAAACUAUGAUCUUCACAAAGAUUAUAAAGAGUACUUGCAAAAGGCCAACGCUUGGAUUGAAAAUGCUAAAGAAAUUGUUAGGUUUUCGACUGACAAUGUAGAGAAUGCUAGCAAAGAGAACUUAGAAAAACGCUUGGAAAAAAUAAUAGAGCUUAUUCAACAACGUGAUCAGGCACAAAAUCUUGUGAACAAUACUGUUAACACCGGAGAAAAAGUAGUGAAGAAUACUAAAUCCGAUGGUAAAGAAGUAAUUAACACAGAGCUUAAAGAGAUUCAAACUAAUUGGGAUAGGUUGGUGAAAAAGAUGUCUAACGCUAAAGUUUGUUUAGAGACAAGUUUGCUCCAAUGGGCCGAUUACAGCUCAAGUUAUAAUCAUCUUCAAAAAUGGAUUCAGGAUCGAGAAUCAAAACUUCAAAGGGUUAGCGAGCAAAAAGUUGUUAGGUUCAAGACUGGUACACCUACAAGCAUAAGUAGUGGCUUGAAUGAAAGAAGAGCAAAUUUACGUCAAGCUAAUGAUAUAGUUCAGGAUAUAGUUUCGUUUGAACCAAUGAUCCAAUCAGUUGCAAAUAAAGCAUCAGAUCUUCAUCAAACAUCUCCAGCAUCUGAAAUUUCACACAAGUAUGAAAACCUUAGCAAGCAGGCCAAAGAGGUUUUUGCUAAACAAAAAGAAACUGUAGAACUUCAUCAGGCAUUUAUUGACUCGAGUAAUGAAUUUGCCGCAUGGAUUCGAAACGCUAAGGAAAAUCUCAAUAAAUGUACUGACUAUAAAGGUGAUAGAGAUUCAUUGGUGUCAAAAAUGACGCAGCUGAAGGUUCUCGAAAGCGAUGCUCCUGUUGGCCAAAAAAAGCUUGAGAAAGCUUUAAAGCAAGCUGAAAUAGCAUGCCAAAUGGUAGACUCGGAAGAAUGUGAGGCGAUAGAAAAAGAAGUAGCUAUUCUUCAGGAAGAAUUCGAUAACUAUUGUCUAGCUCUGAAAAAAAUUGGAACAUCUCUGGAAAAUGGUAUCGUACGAUGGACAGAAUAUGACGACCAGUAUAAAAUCGCUCAAAAAUGGUUGGACAACAUCGAAGAUGAGAUGCAAAAAUACAACAAAAUGCAGAGUAGUCUUGAAGAGAAAAAAUGCGUAUUGGAAGAGUUUCAGACUAAACUUCAAACCUUGUUCGAUUGGCAACGUGAGCUGGAUAAUUUGAACAUGAAAGCUCAAAUUCUCCUAGACAUUUGUGCCGACACUCGAGUGAGCAAUGGUGUCACUCAGCUAACAACCAAAUACAAUGUGCUAUUAUCCAUUGCGAAGGAAACAAUGCGACGACUAGAGCAGCAUUAUCAAGAGCACCAACAGCAUAAUACGCUCUAUGGUGAAUGCCAUGACUGGCUAGAUAGAAUGCAUGAAAAGAUUAAUGAAUGUGACACUAUUCCACAAACUGUAACAGAAACUGAAUCAAAGUUGAAUAUUAUAAAAGGAAUUCGUCAAAACCUCGAACAAGGACAGAACAAAUUACGUUAUUUAUUUGAGCUCAAAGAAAAAAUAGUUCUGAAUACGGAAUCCAACGGUGCCUCUAAAAUUGCCGAAGAUACCGAAAACAUCAAAACAGAUUAUGAGUCCUUGAUGGUAGAUAUCAAUGAAAACCGUCAAAAACUGAUGAAUCGCUUAACACUUCUAGAAGAUAUCGGAAAACUUUCUAGAGUUCUAUCGGAAUGGAUCGAAGAAGCUAAUGGUAGAAUUAAUGAGAGCACGACUCUUAACGAUUUGUCUGAUACAAGAAUUGCGUUAGAAAAGUAUCGAACUAUUCAACGAGAAACAGGGAAUUAUAAUGAGACAACUAAUAAAAUAAAAGAAAAAAUUGCCGGUUCCAACAAUAUCAAAAACGACAAAAUAACACAACUUCUUCAAGAUUACGAUGAAUUGAUAUCAAAACUGAACAUCGAGAUAGAGUGCUUGGAAAACCAGGUUAAUAACUAUGAAAAAUUCAAACAAGGGCUUCAAGAGCUAUAUGAAUGGAUGAAAACAACUAGGCUGAAUACUGAGAGACUGACGGAUUAUCAUGGCGAUAAAAAUCAUAUAAUUGAACAACUAGGCCGAUUAAAAGAAAUACAGCUGUCAUUCACUGAAGGAAAAAUUCUGCUUGAGAGUGCUCAAGAUCUUGGAUCUGCGCUGCUGCAAAUUGUAAGUCAAGAAGGUCAUAAUUCAAUAAAGCAAGAACUGUUGCAAGCCAAGUCAGAUUGGGAAGACAUAGAAACUUUGACAAAAACUGUCAAUCAAGAACUGACGGAUGUACUCGCUACUUGGGAAAGUUAUAUAGAAAAAACUGACGACAUCACUUCUUUCGUCAUGGAGUAUGAAGGCAAAAUAUCUUCAUUUAGUGCCGAAAACGUUGGAGAACAAGAAAAUAGUCUCAGAGAACUAAAGCAUAUCUUCAAUUUAAUUGUGACCAAGAAAAACUCCUUUGAAGAAUUAAAUGAUAUCUGCGAAACAUUAAUGGAAAAAUGUGCAUGUUCCAUAGUUCGGGACCGUACCGUUGAACUUCAAAAAAGUUAUUCAGCACUAUUAGCGAAUUUGCAAGGUAAGUAA